CAAAAAUGGCAGGAAAAUCUCUGAACUUUGAACUUGAGGAUGGUGACAAGGUAACCAUGACAUUGAGUGAUUCUGCAAGAAUAUCGUUAACAGACAUAACUGCUGCCACCAUCGGCAACCUGGGUGCAGAAUCACAAUGGGGUGAUAACUCAACAACUGCCGACGAUUCAAAUGUAUUGGUUUUACGUUCAUGGGGAGAUAACUCCACUACUGCUACUGAUCAAAAUGUAUCUGUCUUGAGGCCAUGGGAAGAUAACUCUAAUCCUGAUAAACCUGAAGACAUACCUCAACAUGUGGUCUAUUCGGACAGACAACCGCCUACCUAUAAAGAACAUCUGAAGAGGCGCCUUGAGGACGAUGAAAUCAAAGAAACUGAGGAUCUCGCGAAACGGGUAAAACUGGAGUCGGCAAAUUUAACUAAAGAUGCAGCUAUGUUUUAUAAUUAUGCUGCCCAAGCCAGCAGUUCCCAGAGUUCUGCACAACAUAACUCCCAGACUACCUCACAGACAGAAAAUACAAUAACAUCUGGGCAUUAUACACCACAGACAUUUAUGCCAUUUGGCACCAUUCUGAACUAUCAGCAGAAUGUAACUACCCAGAAUUCUGUGCAAAAUGUCAUUACCCAGAACUCUCUGCAAAAUGUCACUCCACAAAAUUCCAUCCUGGAUGUGGUUACCACAACCCAGAAUUCCAUACUCAGCACAUCUACCCAGAAUCCAAUACAAACUACCACUACCCAGAAUUCAAUGCUACAGUACCAGACAAUCAACCCGGCACAACUUUCAGCAGAGACCAUAGAAAAAUUGCCAGUGUUUAGCCAAACUUCAAGCAAACAUUUUCUCCCUUGGGCAGAUACUCAAGAGUUGCCUGGAAAAAACAUUCAAAGUGGGAAGCAAAGAAUCAACAGCAGGCAUUACAUGCAGCAGACGCCAGUAGAAUCUAAUAAACUAAUCAUAGACGAAGAUGUAUCAAUGACUAAGAUGAAGCCGUAUCCUUGGACACCGGAACCGGUUCAGUCAGGACCAACACAAACUUUUCAAAUGCCGACCUCACAUCCUGCUCCAAAAUACUGGCAGACGUCAACCAUUCCUUCUCAACAGAAACAAGAAAAGCAGUCAUCUACUCAAGAGAUGCAGCAAACUUUUCAGCAAAACAUUUACCCACUACCACCAUUACAGACUGCACCAACAUACCUGCAGAUGUCAGAUAUACUUCACACAACGACCACUGCUGAGGAAUACAAACCAAUACAGUCUCCAUGGCAACAUGGGAUGACUUCGUAUCAACUGGACCAGAUUCAACCAAAGGCAAGUACAGAAAUCAAACACCAGCCUGCAACUCCAGCUAGUAAACAUCUUAUGGCAAUCCCCAACUUUGACAGUCCUGGGAUUGACUCCCGCUUUACAGAGUCACUGAGCAACCUUCUUGGCUCCCCGCCUCCUGACAGCCCGUUGUCAAAGAAUCCCUUCCUAGGUGACUUACAAGCCUUACUCAACAGGGAGUGUAAACGGGAAAUUGUUCCACAAUCACUGUUUGGUAUGCAAGGUACAAACAAACAAUCUGCCGAGAAAAAGACUCUUAAUGUUUUUGAGAGAGAGAGAAGUCUGCAGGAACGCUUUACCAAGCUGCAGUCCAGUCAUGCCGAGGAUGUACGCCAACUUUCUAGUAUGUUCCGCUACCAGUCUGCAUUGAUCGAGACUGAACGAUUUCGUACUCUGCACGAGUGUCAAUACCCUGGAAGUUAUAAGGAGUCGGUGAACCAUCACUAUGACAACCAGCUACACAAGGUCAUGGAUCGUGUAGAACGAAGUGUCGAACUACUUGAAAACUCUAAUAAAGAGAAUAAGGCAAACAAAGUCACAAAACUUCGACCGCACUUGAGUAGAGAAUCUGUCCGCCUUAUGGAACAAUGGUAUCUACAAAACCUUAAUCAUCCGUACCCGACAAACUCUUCAAUAGAAAUGUUAGCGCAAGCUGGAAAUAUCGGAAUUGAACAAGUGAAAAAAUGGUUUGCCAAUAAACGUAACCGAAGUUCAAACACAAGAUCUCUGACGGAAAUCGCCAUGCAGAAACGCAAACUUGGACAAAUGCCAGGAAAAUCUUAACUGAUUGUUACAUUAAUUCCCUCAAUGAUAAACAGACAAAGAUAAAACUGUAAAUCUUAAAAUGAAUUUGUGAUGUUAGUUCUUUUGCUUGUCUUUUUUUAAUACAGUGCCAUAAAACACGAAGUUUUUUAACAACCAAGAUCACUGUAUACAUCACUUAAACAAGACAUGUUAACUGACCUAAAUUUUUUUUUCAGGGACGUUGAUCUUAUGUUUUGAAUUCAUGUGCUAUUUGUAUAUAACUUUGUUUCUUUACAUAUUUUACAAUUAUGUCUACUUAAUGUCUUAUUAUGUCUAAAACUGCAUUAAAUCUGUUAAACCUGAAGUUUUCACUAAAUU